GAGCGGCCGAAUCUCAAACGGCCUCCGCGGCGCUCGCUGUCUCCGGGGCUGGACACCGGUGCUCGGGGCCCGGAGCCCGCCGCCCGCCCGCGGCUACCGCCGCCGCCUGCCUCGGGCCCGCGUGGCGCCGCGCUCCGGCCGGCCCGCGAGCCCCCGCCUCGCUCCGCGCGCGGCCCGGCCCGGCCCGGUCCCGCUCGCCGCGCCUCGCCAUGUCGCUGCACGGGAAGCGGAAGGAGAUCUACAAGUACGAGGCGCCCUGGACCGUGUACGCCAUGAACUGGAGCGUCCGGCCCGACAAGCGCUUCCGCCUGGCGCUGGGCAGCUUCGUGGAGGAGUACAACAACAAGGUCCAGCUUGUUGGUUUGGAUGAGGAAAGCUCAGAGUUUAUUUGUAGGAACACCUUUGACCACCCGUAUCCUACCACCAAGCUCAUGUGGAUCCCAGAUACCAAGGGAGUAUAUCCAGACCUGCUAGCAACCAGUGGCGACUACCUACGUGUAUGGCGAGUGGGUGAAACAGAAACCCGGCUGGAGUGUUUGCUAAAUAACAACAAGAACUCUGAUUUCUGUGCCCCACUGACGUCUUUUGAUUGGAAUGAGGUGGACCCAUACCUACUAGGUACCUCUAGUAUCGACACCACCUGUACUAUCUGGGGUCUGGAAACAGGGCAGGUUUUGGGAAGAGUAAAUCUAGUGUCUGGCCAUGUCAAGACCCAACUUAUUGCACAUGACAAAGAGGUGUAUGACAUUGCAUUUAGCCGUGCAGGUGGGGGGAGAGAUAUGUUUGCUUCAGUUGGUGCUGAUGGUUCCGUGCGGAUGUUUGACCUCCGUCAUCUGGAACAUAGCACCAUUAUCUAUGAGGACCCGCAGCACCAUCCAUUGUUACGCCUUUGCUGGAACAAGCAGGAUCCUAAUUACCUUGCUACAAUGGCCAUGGAUGGCAUGGAGGUGGUGAUUCUUGAUGUCAGAGUUCCCUGCACUCCUGUUGCCAGGCUAAACAACCACAGAGCAUGUGUGAAUGGAAUUGCUUGGGCACCUCACUCUUCCUGCCAUAUCUGUACGGCAGCUGAUGACCAUCAGGCUCUCAUCUGGGAUAUUCAGCAAAUGCCUCGGGCCAUUGAGGAUCCUAUCCUGGCCUAUACAGCAGAAGGAGAAAUCAACAAUGUACAGUGGGCAUCAACUCAGCCGGACUGGAUAGCUAUCUGCUACAACAACUGUCUGGAGAUCUUGAGAGUGUAACAUUAUUGGGCCAUGCCAAAGCAAGGCACGGCUGUAUAAUUUUCCCCCUUCUAACGUAAGAACAAACGAGAUUCAGUGGCCAGUAUCUUUUUGUUGCUUUGCAUCUACUGUUCCAAGAAACUGUUACAAGAAUUGAUGGCAGGUGUCUGCGGUCCCAAAAAGACUAAAAAAAAAAAAAAAAUAAAUAAAAAAGCAGGGACGUGACAAGCCUCUUGGACCCUUCUGGGUUCUGGUUUUAAUAAUUUUUCAAUUUAAAAGUUCUGUAUAUUUGUUUGUCGACUGUGUUAAUGAACAUUAUGGGCUUUAAGUUACUGCAUAUGUUUGUGUGUUUGUCAACCAGCUGAGGCAGCACAUCCAGCUAGUUUGAGAAAUGUAAGUGCAAAACUAGUUGGAAGAAAGACACUGAUAUUAACCAACAUCCCUGCAGGAAUCUCUAAUCAUUCCUGCUAUUGCUGUCUCUAAACUGUUUAAACAUUUCUGUGUUUGUUUUUUAUAUAUCUUGAGCUAAGUUUCUAUUGAGUGAGGUGAGGUGAGGCUCUUCUCUCCAGUUAUUUUUGAUAUGCGAUCAAUUUCCAUUUGCCCAAAGCAGGAUCUGUUCAUAGAGGUAAGUCAUGAGCAUCACUGUUGAUUCCCUGGCAGUAAAGCCCUGCCAGUAUUAACUGUUGCCUUGGCUCUUUAUACCUGGCCAGAAUCACCUGGUGCUGUGAAAUACAAAUGUAUUGCACAACUGUCUUCUGAUUCCUCUGAUGCUAGAGGCAGUUGUUACUAUGGUAGGCCUUACAUUAAAAUGUUAACAGAAUUACUGUGGCUUUCCCACAGCUGUAUUGCCUAACUGAAUGGGGAUCAGCAUUUCAAAAAGAGAAGAUUCUUGCGUGACUACUCAUUUUGAGGUAAAUGAUUUCUGGAAAACGUGCAACUUUGAACAUGUCAAUUCAAAAUCCAUUACAGUGGAACAAUUUCCCCUAGAAAAUUUCCUGACUGAACCAAAAGAAAAAAUGGCUUCACACUUUCUACCUUGCUUGGUUGAAAACUAUAACCUAAGCAAAAAUUCUAUACUUAACCUUUUUAACUGGGAAUUUUUCUGCAUUUGGCCUGUUUUUCUGGAAGGUCUUGAACGUGAAGGAAUAAGGAGCUAACUUUUUUUUUUUUUUUUUUUUUUUUUUUUUUUUUGCCCCUCAAUAUAUUUGCAUUGUCUGCCCAAAUCUUGUUGGAUGAAUGAGAAGUCAGAACAGCUGGUCUACGAUCAAAAUGGAAGUUGUCCCUAUAGCAGAAGUAGUUCCCUAAAGCAACAUACAAGGUGGAUCUAAAAUGAAAGAAGCUGUAUAUAGUCUCUCAAAUGGAUCCUGUGUUCUGGUUCUAGUUGCAUCUUUCAGGUAUUGCAACUUUUGUAAGUAGAACCCUUCAAUUUUGGAGGGGUUUUUUAAUAGUAGAAAGAAAAAAGGGGGCCUUGGUAGGUUGUUUUGUAACAUUGCUUUCUGAUUUAAAGUUGCAGUGGUUAGAAAACUUAAUCUUAACAUGGUGGAUAAUGUGACUGUUCUGUUCAGAUGAAUGAUCUACAGUACCCUUCCAAAGAAAACGUGACAACAGAAUGCAAGACUUUGUAGUCACCUUUUUACUGUAACACAGGGCUCUGAAGUUAGUUGUCAGGAUCCGCUCAUUACCAUGAGUUAGUCCAAAAACCAAAUGCAGAAUUCCCAGAUCACAGUUGAAUUUUAAUGUCACCGGUUUAAGAAAAGUUUGUUUUCGGGUACAUGCGUCUCUCUCCCUCCACCUCCUCCCCCCACCUUAGCUUUCUUUGCAGUAUUUACAACCACUACAUUCUGUUUUAAAUGCUGUGUCCCUGUUGCACCCAGUCAGAAAUGGAAAACUGUUUAUAGUGAAAUGGACCAUACUGUCAAACACGGAGGAAAACAAAUAGGUGAGGCAAAAUCUUUAUCUUUGAAGUUACUGCACCACUGGGUAAACAAUUUUUACAGGUGACCUUUUUAAAAAAAAAAUGCUGUAGUAAAAAAAGCACCAUCUUACUAAUUUGAUCACCUUUCACUAUUAAUUAGAUAUUUUUCCUCCUAUUAGAAAUAUUGAGCUAACACAUUGCUGAGAAGUUGUACUCUGUUCUACCUCUUGCAUUGUCUGAUUCACUAUGUUCCAAAUGUUAACUCUUUGGGUGAGCAGAAAGAGUACUGUUUGAUUGUCAGACUAAGUUGUUGGUAUGGUAACCAGUAAGAUAACUUGAGACUUGCAUGUAGACUGAACAGACGUGCUCUAAAAGUCAUUGAAAAUGCAAUAAAUGUGGAACUACACAACUGAAUUAUCACUUUUCAGAGAAGAACUGCACCUUAAAGUUAGAAAUUGCAUAUGCUAAGCUCCAAGGUAAAAGUUUUAUGCUUAUAGCAAUAUUAAUUGACUUAUUGUGCACAUUGCUUAAAUGUAGAUAUACAUGUAACAAUACUACAUUUAAAAACGCAUCUAAAAUACAAGCAUUUGACACACUUGGUGAUUGAGAGAAGCAUAACUCAUUUUCUGACUUGAUGCAGAUUUUAAAUAUAUAUACUUACUGCUGCAAAUCAAGCUUUGCAUUUAACUUUGUAAAGGAUAGAACAGAAAAAAACAUGUGUAAUUUUACAUAGUCCCAUUUAGGCUUUGAUGUUUUGUUCUCUUAAGGUAAAUGGUAUGGGGUGAAAGCUGCUUUGUUAAAAAUCAUUCCCCAUGGCCAAAUGCAGGGUGCAGCUGCGCAUCACUUGCAACUGCUAUCUUCAGAAGAAAGAAAUGAAUUGAUCUGUUUUUAGUUGAAAAUUCAGUAUCUGCAGAAUACAUGAAAUGGUAGAUACCAUGAUUUUUAACAACUUUGUCUUCCUUACUCAGUUCAUUUUCCUUGUCCUUGACAAGUGUUUUGAUGAACAGUUUAAUCUUCCCUACAGUUUAGCCCUACCCCAGACAGGCAUGGAAUUUGUGUAAUUUCCCUGCCCAAGAUCAGCUUUAUUGGGCAGAUGCUUAGUAGAAUACACUAAUCAUCUCUUUUUGUGAAGAUGUAACAUGCCUGUUACUGUAGUAGCCAAGUGCUUUUUCCCCUCCAAAUAUCUUUUAUCCAGUUUAAUUGAACCUUGGUCAUGAAGGACAAAUUCUGUGAAAAAGUAUUUACCUGAUGAGUUUUGUGUGUGCGUGCACACGCACACACAUACAUUUGCAGUUUAAAAGUAAAAUAGAGCCCUUUGACUAUAUUGAGUGAGAAUUUUUUCCAACAGUGUAAACCCCACCAGGCUAAAUAUUUCAUCUCCAUUGAGAACUGAGAAUGUUAGAGCAUGUGAAAACAAACCACGGUCUGAAUAAUGAGAAUACUUCCACUGCUAGUAAAAACUGUUUGAUUAUGUGUACUUUGAAGGGAUCCAGCUUGGGAUCCCUCUUCUCACAGCUUGCUUGUUAGUACUGGUUUGGAUUUCUCUAUAGAGGUGAGGCUCCUGAUCCAAAUUCCAUUGAAGACGAGGGAAGCACUCUUGUCAACUUUAGUGGGUGUGUAAUAUGACCUGUAUUCUUGCUGCAAUUGCCUGUUUAUUGAUUGGACUAGCUUCUAGAUCUAUGGUUCAUUACCUUAAUUGGGCCAUGUCCUACUGCUGUUCCCCAUGUCAGAUGCCGGUCCUUAGAAGUGAGAGAUACUAUUUAAAUUAAUUUCUUAAAUAGUCACUUUAGCAAUGUAAUGAGCAUUACCUGAAAACUAGGCAAACCUAUCUAGGUAAGGGCUCAUACAAAGGGCAUUUUAUUUAAGAAGGUAAGAGUAUGAGAGGCUUCAGUGCCCUUUGCAGUGCUACUCUAGCAGAAGCAAUGUGUUCCUCAGUGGUUCAUGUUCGUUUCAAACAUAAGACACACCUCUGAAAGCUGUAAAAUGCUGAGGAUUAUUGACCAAAGAAACAGCUCAGCAUAUCCUGCCAACUGAAUAUUUCAGUUAGAGGUGGAAACACUGCAAAUACUGCUGCAUUUAAAUAUUUCAGCCCAUCUUACACUUUCAUGUCUCUGGGUUUGUUUGUUUUUUCUUCCAAGGCUUGUGAAAACCACUGGUAAGGUGACUGAUUUUGAUAGUGGUUCUAAAUGCUUUAGAGAUCAUGCAGAGAAACUGCUUUCAAAGUAUUUUGCCCCGGAAGGGAGGGGAGGAGAACUCUUGGGAAGGGUCCUAACAUCAGUGAUGUUAUCACAAAAGCAGAUGGUGUAAUGUGACAUAAACAAGAUUUUAGGGCACUAACUUCACUAGUUUUGGAUCAUUUCUCCUACUGAUUAUUCCAGGCAUUUGGAUUAAUUUUUUGAACCAAGCUAUUCUAGAUUCCAACUAUUAUUUGAGCAACUUGUUUACUAGCAUGUUUGGGCUCACAACCCAAAGAUAUGACCUGUAUUUUAGCAAGAUGAAGUGGGCAGUGAUUUGAGAACCUAAACGUUGGAUAAUAAAACAGUGCAUUAAAACAAUAACUUUUGUAUACUACUGAAUUAAACCAGCCUAUGAUAAGUCACUGCUACCAGAUUUGUCCUGCCACAUGCAAAGAUUUACUAGGCGAGAACUUAAGUGCUUUGACAAUCUCUAGUACUUUAGUGGUCACAAAGUACAGGAUGAAAGGUGACUGACACUAUAAGAGGUCUUAAAAUAAGCCACUUAAAAGUGGAUGAUGAUGGUCAGCAAUCAUAAUAAAUCUACUGACAGGAUGAAUCUUUUCUGACCUGAGACUGAAACAACCUCCUGUAUAGGAGGAGGCUUGUUUUUAAAAUUUAAGUUCAGGAAUCUGAGCAUGACUGUUAAGCUGCUCUAGAUGGCACUUUAGUAGGUAUAUUUUGGUAGGGUUAGGAAAGAAUGAACCUCUUUCUGCCCUAGUCUUUUAAGGCAGGAUUUUAUACCUCUGAAAUUUGUCUCGUUUAAAAUAAGUGUUCCUGACAUUGCAAGAUGGAAUUUUUUAGUAUAUAGUUAUGUAAUCCUUUUCAUGUCAGAACUACCUGCCCUGCUGAAGGAUAAAACUGUGAGCACUUGAAAAUAUUAUUAAGGCUUCAAACUAGGAGGCUUUGUUCAGAUAACAGUAGAGAACUCUCAGGCACUUAACAUUGCUUGUCACCCAAAUAGAACUCCUUUCUGUUUCAUUUGAUCAUCUAUUAUUACCUAAUCUUUAAGGGCUAUGUAAUUAGGUGCCCUUUCAAAUUGUCUGUUGGCAGUGGCUGGGGAAAUGUCUCAGUAUGUGAUGUAAAUGAAUAAGCAGACCACAGACACCAGCUGUGAGGUAGAAAAAACAGAUGCAGCUAUCUGCACCUUCCCACAUAAUUCAAAGGUCCUUAACUUAUCCCUGAAUUCCCUGGUGCUGUCUGACUGCUGUUCAUACUGAAAUAGAUAAAUGUACAGCGAGUUUCAGCUAACUGUACAAAUACAGACAGCUGCAAAACUGUUACACUUCCAUCAAAAUCCUGGAGAGGGUUAAUCAUCCACUACCACCAAAGAAAAUGGUUGUUAUCACAAACCCAAGCGGAACAUUAUCCAGUCAACAAGCAGUUUGGAUGUUUGACUGCCCACUUUUUCACUGCAAGGUCAAUGAUUCACAUUCUAGCCUAGGCUUUUAAUGUUGGUCUGUGCAAUGGCCUUUAGGAAAUGAAGUAUCUAAAAUCUCAUUCUGAAUGGGCAGGAGGAAAACUGGCUCUAGAUAGGGGGUGGGAAAGAGAGGGGUCUUACUUAUUAUUUUCUGCAGAAGCUAACAAGGUUUUAUGAUAUAGCACUUCCAUGCAGAAAAAAGCUGAUUUAUGGGAAGAUGUAACUAAAUGUCAGUACCCAUCGAGAAGGCACCUGUAAGUCGGAGACAUGUGACAUUGGCAACUGUACCAAAUGGAAUUUACAGUGCCCUUGCCUGUGCUAUCAGAGUUAAGUCUCAAGCUUUUGAUCAGCACCUUACAGGUAUUUUAGCAUUGGUGAGAUAAAAAUGUGCUCCAGUCACCAGUUGCUUGUCUGGCGAUUCAAGGUAGAGUGUAGUUCUAAGAGAAACAUAUACAAUACUGUCUUGACUUCUUCAAAGAACAUUCUUCAGUUUGCUGAGCAUCUCAAAUUACCUCUUUUGGUGGUCACAGAUAUCCAGCAUCAAUCUAAUUUUCUCACCUUGCCAGUGAGGAAAAAUGACUUGUUCAGGCUCUGAAGUGCUUGAUCCUCUUCAGAGGAGCUAAUAAACUGCAGAGUUAAAUUCAUCUUUCUGGUAAUUGCAAGAUUCGGCAGCCAUGCUGCUCUAAGCCCUGGUUCCAUCUCUCAUUCAUCCACACAAGUCAGCAUCCCUUCAAAUUUGAUUUCCUGUUUUAUGAAAUGCUCAUGUCUCUUCUAGGCAAGAGACAUAAGUGAAGGAGCUGCCAAACAAAAGGGGAAAGGAUUCUGUCAUUCAGUUGUACAGCUGUGAAGCAAUGUGUGUUGCUUUUUGACAACCUGGUGAAUAUUAAUUGUAUCUACUAUUUAAAUAAGAACCUUUUUAGUUUGGGUUGCUAGCAGUGUACAAUGUAAUAAUCUGUUGCGCCGAAGCUUUUUUCUUUUUCUUUUUCUUUUUUACUACCAAUAGUCAAGUAGAUAUUUACUUUUAUGUGUAUUCCCUUCUGCUGUUCCCAUUUAAGAUCUGUUGUAAUAACUUCCUGAAAGUGUGAUCUUUGUAGCAUGAUUGUACAAGCAUACAUAUGAAAUCCCAGAUUUCUUAUUCUCACUAAAAUGUUAAAGCAAUAGCAAUUUAAUGUCUGUCCUUCAUAGUGUAGGGUGUUAACAUGGUUUCUCCCCCUCCACCACCAUCCCUUCUGUAUUGUUUGAGUUUUUGCAACUUUGCUAUGAUAUUCUACUAGAGGAUUCUUAGCAUCCCAUUAUCCAACAGACACUGACAUGUUGCGAUGGGUAACUGCAAUGUCUGAGUAUUCCUUAAUUAGUUUAUGAAAAAAACAAUAUAAAAGGUUUUGUUAAAUGCAUUUUAACACCCAAGCCAUGGAACCGUUUUGUUGAAACUGUAAAUUUUUAGGUGACUUUUUGAAACCGCUUGAAAGUGGAAUGUUGCAUCCUUUAUACUAUUUUCUGCUUCCUGUGUAGUUUUAUUCAAAUUUUUUAACCUUUCUUUCUAAGUUUCAGCCUCCUGUGUAUUAGGUACAGUAUUUUCUGCUUUUCAUACUUUGUAAUAAAAAUGAAACAUUUGUAGAUUGA